CAUCGGUCGCGGCUCCGGAUACCUCACCCUCAUCAUGAAGGCCCUGGUUGUCCUGAGCGCGUUGCUGGCGGUGGCCGUGGCUAAGCCCGGCUUCCUUGCCGGAGGCAUCCCCGGCGCUUACGCCCCCGCCGCCUACGCCCCCGCGUACGCCGCUGUGCCGCCAGGCGGCCCCGCCAACAUCGUGAUCGGCCCCGGAGGAGUGCCAGUGGACACCCCUGCCGUGGCCGCCGCCAGGGGUGCCCACCUGGCCGCCGUUGCGCAGACGCAGGCCCGCGACGCCGCCGCCAACGCCGCCGACGCCGCCGCAGCCGCCGCCGGAGCCGCCGCCGGAGCCGCCUUCGGCUACGCCCCCGCUGUCGGCUACGCCGCUGCCGCCCCCGCCGUCGUUGCGCCGUCUCUGGGCUACGCGCGCUACGGCCCCGCCAACAUCGUCAUCGGGCCUGGAGGCGUACCACUGGACACCCCGGAGGUAGCCGCUGCGAAGGCAGCCAACGCUGCUGCCCACCUGGAAGCCAAGGCCCGUGCCGGCAUAUUCCAUGGCUAGAUCGACUGCAAUGAGAUCUGUGUAGAUAUCUCUAUUCUUCGGAUUCUCAGCGAAGGUCUGGGACGCCAUCGCACAUGAUGAACCCACUAACAUGUACAAAGUAAUUUAUAAAUAAAGGAAGUGCUGCUUUGUA